AUGGCACCAGAAUAUGCAUUAUGGGGAUUCUUAACCUACAAAGCAGAUGUAUACAGUUUUGGGGUUCUUGCUCUGGAAAUCAUUGCUGGAAAGAGCAAUAUGAAAUAUCAGCCAAACGAAGAUUGUUUUUGUCUUCUUGAUCAAGCUGUUCUCCUGAAACAAAAGGGGAGGUUGAUAGACUUGGUGGACCCAAGAUUGGGUUCUGAAUUCAACAAAAAGGAAGCAGUGGGGAUGCUCAAAAUUGCUCUAUUAUGCACUAAUCAGUCCCCGGGUCUUAGGCCCACCAUGUCUGAAGUAGUGAAUAUGCUUGAAGGUCAUACAAAAAUUAAGGAACCAAACGUGGAUGUAAUUAUGUCUGAAGAGGAGUUACGGUUUCAAGAACUUGGAAAGACGUUUGAAGAGAUGCAGUCUCAUGACUCUGAACAAACAGAGAUUUCAAUUAAACCAACAUCUUCCAACUCAAACGAUCUCUAUCCAGAUAGUCAAAUUUCUGAAAAGUGCUGA